AUGGCACGGCUUCCACCCGUCUUGUCGUUUAUUAUCUUCAUUUAUUCUCUCAUCCUUCAAUGUGGAGAAUGUUCGACGGUGAUUUUAGGAGACCCGUUUACGUUUAUAGUCUCUGCAAACUGUCCGACAGGUGCCCGGGGCGAACUUCACCGGGUCGGACAGCACAUCACCCAGCUGGUGGCUGAUCGUGAGGAAGAGAUUUGGAAACCGACCGAGGUCUACAAAGACAGAAUAAAGGAAAGCGCGGUACUUGCCUUCAAUCGCACAGAAUACACAGAUAAAGGACUGUAUGAGAUAAAAUGCGGCGGUCAAGAACAACGGUUCCAGCUGGAUGUUGUUCGAGCAUCUGAAGUCUCAGCCACUGAGGGGGGUAACGCCACACUUCCAUGUAACUACAUUACAGGCGGACAUGUGGACUCUAUAAAGUGGAGUAGAGGAGGAGAGAUGGUGCUGGAGCAGAGUCUGUCCUCCGGAGAGAUCAAACCCGGGACAGGAUUUAAGAAGAGACUUUCUCUGUCACCUGAUGGCUACAAGAAAGGAAACUGGGCGCUGAUUUUCAACCCGGUUCUGCUGGAGGAUGGAGGGGACUACUUCUGCUCCUUCCACCUAAACGGCGCGCCAGAGGGACGGGGAGACCCUGCUGCUGUGAGGAUGAGGGUCGCAGAGAGAAGACGGGAUCAGACCACCGGCCGCCCGUCUCUGACUACAACACAGAACGUGACAGAAGAGAAAGAAGAAAUGGGAACUAUGGCUGUUGUCAUCAUAACAGCAGUUGUGGUUUUUGUGAUUGUGGCCCCUUCAUUUUUUCUGCUUGGCAGGGCCAGGUGUCUGAAGUCCCGCUGCUCCUCAUUUAGACCCAUGCCCAGCGGAAGACAAUAUUCAGAUGUGCCUCCUCCUCCUCCUCUUCCUCGUCCUCAUGCCAACGGGGGCUCCCCGUCAAAUAAUGCUCAUGCAGAGUCCAAGGUCUAA